AUGCCAAUCGUGGAGCUGCGUCGGAACUCGUCGCCGCCCCACCUGACGUCGUCAGUCGCGCAGUCGCUGCCGCGAACUUUUCCUGCGACGACAACGUCGCAGCCUUCUGAAGCCUCGUCGCCGAACGCCAACACUUCGGUACAGUCCAUGAUGACAGUCAAGACGGCGCCGACGUCGCCAAACGCCGCCGUCUGGAGGAAAAUCUCCCAUCCGCCGCUCAGUCGCAACAACGAUCGGCGACAGCUGUCAGUAACAUUUGAUAACGGCUUUGGGGACAUGAAAGUUAGCAAAACAGCGCAAGAAAGAAGCAAAUUCUUGUAUAAAACUGAGUUGAAGCUGAGAAGUUGCCUAUUUCGUGGUACAUGGUAAAUGAGAACUCGUCUGUGAAACAAGCUGUUGAAAACAGUAUUAAGACCUCGAAAACCGGCGACAAAGUUUCUCUCAUAUUUUGAACUGACAUAGGCAAAAUUUAUUUUCAAACUUCCGUAAUUAAAAAAAAAUAUGAAUCCAGAUGAAAAUUCUAGUAAUUUUCAGAAUAUUUCCCGAAAAAUCAUCGACAUUUUCCGUUGUUUUUCGUCAAAAGGGCGAAAAAUAAACGCUGAGGACACUUUUUAAUGAGAUAUCUUAACGCGCGGGUGUCAUUGAGAAUAAUAGGACUGUGUGUAAUUUUCAUUGUAAUAUUUCCAGCGACCUGCAGCUACAACUGAAGAACAUUGGAACGAAGGAUGACUGGGCGACCAUCACCUGCGGCUUCAUGACUGAGGUUUUCCCAAUCCCACUGCUGACAAAUGACUGCGAAAUUCGAGUCUAGCCAUUUGAAUUUUGAGUUUUAAAGUUUGAAGGCUCUAAAGUAAACCUUUGCAUGAAAAAGUGGCAAGAAAUAUUUGGACAAAGCAAUUAUUUUUUCGUUACAUACAAGCUUUUGUUUGUUACAUUUUUUUCUUCUCAAAAAACUUUAAAAAAGUCCAUCAGUUAAAAUUAUAAUCUUUUCAAAAGUCCUUAACGUCGCUUAGGCUCUCAAAAGAGAAGCAUUAUUUAAGGUCCUACGAACCAUUCCCGAAUCUCGAAAAACCUUUUUAAUAAGCGUGAAAAGGGAAUUCGGAAAGUCCCUAGAAACUGAGUUUACUGAAUAAACACUGUGGCAGAGGCAUGACAGUGAAGAUGGAAGGUCGGAACCAAUUUUUGUAGUCUGAAGAAGUUGAACAGAGAAUUAAUGACCUUUGAUUUGAUGUCAUUUUUCCUUAUCGAUCCCAUUUGGCGAACGUCAUUUUUCACCUACAGAACGACCCGUAUUCGCGUACGCGAUUCGCCGGCGACGAGUGCAUCGACGGCUCCGCCUCCUCCUCGACGUCGUCUUCGACGCCAAGCGCCGCGUCGACCAUGCGAACCGUGUCGCCGUCGAUCUACCAGCGACUUCUGCUCCAGUCCGACGACCUCAGCACCUUGAUCCGCUCCAUCAUGGACGAGGCCAAGACCCUCCUCGACGCCGAGACGUGAGCCAACUGAAACUGAAGGCCCCUCUCCAAUCGCGAACCUUUCAGUUGCUCUUUGUUCCUUGUGGACAACGAGAAGAACGAACUCGUGGCCCGAGUCUUCGACCACGGCGGCGACGGCGUCGAGGAACUUCGCGUUCCUUUGGAACACGGCGUCGUGGGUCGCGUCGCCACGACUCGCACCAUGAUGAACGUCCGUGACGCGCAUAGGUAUCCUAUUCAUGCUCUUAUCUUCUCGAAGCCUCUUCACUAUUCAAAAAGAUUUAGUCGUCAAAAAAGACUUCACUCAACAUUUUUCUCAAAAAUAAAUUCUCAAAGUUCAUCAUUCUUUUUGUUUGACGGUAUUUCGCUAUUUGAGCAGUAAAAUUAUGAAAGAUGAAAUAUAUAUAUAUAUAGUAGAACGUUAUCAAUAUCGCAUAGCUGAGACUCUGAGAAGAACCAAAAAAAAUCCAGCUUAGAAAGUUCCCGACCAUCAGUGGAGCGCGGAAAAACUGUGGUUUCCUAUAACAAUCUUUCUUUUGAAAUAUUUUUAUCUUUGCUUUUCUCACCGAAAUUUCUCUACCAAAUUUUAAUGCCACAUAUAUAAUUUUUUGACUGUGUGAAAACGGGAAAGAAUACAAUAAAAAGGGGAAUGAACCAAUUUUAUGGUAUUUUCGGAUGUUCAGAUGCCCGUUUUUCUACUCGCACGUGGACGAGUUGACUGGCUUUCGCACGCACAACAUCCUUUGCUUCCCGAUUGUCGAUAACGCCGGUUAGUUUCCCUCAUAAAAACUCUCCUUUUUUCUCUUGUUGUUCUGUUUUUCUAACGUUUUUAUUUCAUUUGCAAAUGACUUUGUUCUCCCAAAAAUGGGGUUUUUUUUUCGUCGUUUUUAAUUUCGUCGAGCUUUCUGAUUCAUGAGCCUUUGGGAAUCUCGAGUGACGGACGGAAUGUGUGAGCGGAGAGUAAUAGGGUAUGAAAAGAUAGGUAGGGAGGCGAGAGAACGGCGAGUGGGUCGAAUAAGAAAUGAAUGAAUGGCCUGCCUCGCCUGCUUUUUGGUUUUUCGACGUCGAGUUCCCUUUUGGGGGAUCGUAAAAGCCACGAUCUCUCUACAUUUCCUUUAUUUCGACCUGCCUUGUGACUUGGAAAAAGUUUGGCUUGAGAAAUUGCGGUUGAAAUGAAAUUCUGCCAGCUCGAAGUUUUUUAUAAACGGAGUAAUAGUAAAAAGUAUUCUUCAGUUAUUUAUCAAAACUAAUUUUUUUUCGUUCGAUUGAAUUUGGAAAUUAUUAAAGUAGAAACUGUCGUUUUCUAAUAACCAACUUUUUUUUCGUUCGAUUCCUGCCAUCUUUCGAAAUAAGACUAUAAAAGUCGAACGAGUUGAACUUUUUUGUUUGUUCUAAUAUUUGGCUUCAGGAAACAAGUUCUUUCGAUAGAUAAAUAUGCCUUAGAAGCAGACCCUUUCAAAUCCAUUUCAUGUUCUUUUUUAAAGUUUCUAGAAGGAAAUGGCAACAAUCUGAGUUGAAUUAUGUAUAAAUCAGGCCGGAAGAGAUCGAGUUCGCGGUGUACUCAUAAGAAAUGCGAGGCGAAAGAGGCACCCUCGCUCUCCGUUCUUUUUUCUUUUGACUUUCUUCUUCCUGAGAACCGCCUAGACUGUUGUCUAUUUGAUAGAAUUUUGUUUCCAAGAGAUGGAAGUCGGACGAACAAAUGAAAAAUAAUCAUCAUUUUUUCUUCUUCCCUCGAUUAAAACCUACAAUUUUGAAAACUUUUCUUUCGAAAAGCCAAAUUUUCACUGGGAAAUGGCUGGAAAGUUCGCCUGUCGAUAUAUUUUCACCUGCUUGGGCUGCUUUUUUAAUUAAUCAGAAAAGACCGCACUGCGGAGACUUUUUCGUGUCGUUAGAGCCUCCGAAAUGGGGGGCCGCGGCUCUGGCAACCAAGGCUAAUCCCCAUUACAAAUCGUCUCCAGUCUUCUAAGCAAUCGAAUGUUUCUUUUGUCUGCUCUUCCUCUCAAUGCCAACCAAAUACCCAAUUAAAACUCGAAAUCUGGCCUGUCCUUUGCGCAAAAGCCUAUAAAUAUUUAGGUUAAUUAAAAAGUCAGCUGCUAAGAGCCACAUAGGCUGGACAUUUGUAUAAGCUAUUCUCAAUGAAUAUUUAUUUAAUUCGGAAAUUCGAAACAAAGUUUCAUAACAAUAAUACUCUGUUCUUGCUCUAUAGAAAGAAUUUUGCACGCAACUUGAAAAGUCCACGAGAGUUCUAAAUUUUUAUUGGACUUAACUUUUUUUAACAGGAAAAAAAUCAAAAUAUUGACAGCUCUUGAUUAAUCUGUCAUUAAAUUUCUUUUUAAUCGGAUUUGACUCUUAUCUGUUUUUUUCGGAGAAAGGUGAUUGAUGGAGUCAGAGCUUAAGAUUACAUUAUUUUUUCAACACGAAUUUUUGGCCUUCGUUAACAAUAAUUCAUUAUUGUAAAAAAACCUUUUUUUGGUUUUUUUGGUUUUUCCAUAACAAUUCAAUGAAAAGAGUAGACUCUCCAAAAAACAACAAUAUCUGGAAUUUCAAAAUAAAGGUUUUUUUUUUGAAACGCGACUUCAGCCUUUUAUCUUUUAAUGAAACUAUUGAUUUGAGAUUAAAGAGACUCUGUUUCCAAAAAAAAGUCUCCGACCUCCAUUCAAUGGCACUUUGGGGCAUCGAAUCGAUGGCUGCAGCUAUAUCAAUGUUUACGAUAGACGAACACAUCGAAGUGACAGACGAAUCACGUGUAAUCGACGCUUUUUCUGUUCGUUUUCUUCGUUUUUUGUCUUUUUUUCACCCAAACCCUCUUUUUGAAUCAUUUCCAUCAGCCGUUUUUCGGAGGUUUCGUGAGCGGAAUGGCCGAAGAACAUCUGCCACGGCAAAAGCCACGUUUUUUGGUGUUUACGAAGAAAUUUCGCGUCGGGUCGAUCAAGAAAGAAGAGUUCCUUUCUUCUCUUUCCUGGUCUUUUUCUUCUUGUUUUUUCUGAAAUUUUUCGCGUUCAUUAGAUUUUUAAAUACGUAAUAUUUUUCAACAUGAUAAUUUAUUGGAAGAUUACAAUGUUUUUUUGGUCAAAGCUCAAUUUUUCAUGAUCAGUUUGCAACAAAGAUGUAUUUUUUUGUUCAGAAAAAUAUUUUUUUAAAGAUAUGACUUAUUUUUUUAAUUAAAAAAAGAAGUAAAAAGAAAGUUUCUUUCAAUCUUAAAUAAAGAAAAAGGAGACUUUUUGACGGUUUGGCCGAGUCGACCAGCGUCUAGAAGGCAAACUCAAUACAUCAUUUCAUUGAGGUAGUUAUUAUGAGUUUCAGAACGAAGUUAUUAGUAGACAGAGUAAAAAAAAAGAAAAAAAGAUUGAUGCCUUGACAUCAAUAGACGUUGAGAAACAACUGAAAUGACAUCAAUUUUUUCGACGCGGAUGUUAAGUAUCACACUUUCUCCGAAAAAAGUAUAACUGAUGGACCUAUUUUGAGGGGCGUCGUCGGCAAUUAGUUGAGGAGCACUGACAUUUAAAAUAAAAGGGCGGCAAAAUGAGCGGAAAAGCCCUUUCCAUUGAAAACACCCAACUUUUCCUAGAUCUAGUUUGACUAGUUCAUGUACAACCUUUGAAUUUUCAUGUUUUGAAUCUCUUUUUUUAGAAAGUCAAAUGGGAUUUUAUUUUACUGAUAAUUUCUCAGGUCUCUUUCAAUAGGAAACAGACUUUUUCUAUCGUUAAUUGUUUUGCGGAGUUCAAAAAUAGUUACGGCUCAGUUUUUGCAGGUCUAGCGAAGAUGAUAAGAUUGCUGAAAGCGAAAAAAAUGGGUUUUUCUGAAUAUUUCAUAUUUUUUUCUUAUUAUCAUCAGGACGUCUUCUUCUUUUCUUGUAUUUGCUCAUAGGCCAUGACUAAGCUCAGGAAAAAAGUCGAAGCUCGUAUUUCUCUUGAAGGACGACCUAUUUUGAAGAGCCUAAAGGCUCACGAAAUUGGAGUUCGAUAUGGGGCGCGAAAGGUCGAAUUUCACGCGGUUUCUUUUUCCAGUGGAAUCCACGUGGUUUUUCUCGUUUGGAAUGAGCCUUUAAGGCGUCGGCGAAACAAUUUCCUCCGAAGGAUUUGCCCAUUUGUGGCUUUUAUCAAACGACCAAUAAAUCUGUUCUUUUUAAUCAAGAUUUUGUCUGAUCCCUCUUGUUCCUCCACCUUCUGGUCUAAUCUCUGUAUUAUUCUCCUGUUUUUCUGCUUUGUCGUCGUCGACGAAAAAAAAGAUAGGAAAAAAACGAAGAAUUUUGAACGGACGUAAUUUUUCUCCACAAACGGCCUUAUUGGGUGUUCGUAAAGCUGGUUUGCGGCACGAAAUUAUUAUUGGGCGCAGCAAUUUUUCCUUCUUUUUUCCUUAUUUCAUUUUUUUUUUCUAGAUAUUUUUAUUUUUUUGAGGAGGCAUCUUGCUUAUUAUUAGAAUAGACACAUAGUGUAUCAUAACAUUGUGUUGCAUUCAACCUUUCCGUGAUUCAAAGCAACGGGGAUGGCUAGGCGACUUAUCUUCCAAACAGCUUCUCCUAAUAAAACACCAAAUACCCCUAGAAUAUGCAAAAAAAAAUGGUUGUGCCGCCGUUUCUCACGUGAGCCAAUGAUUAUUCUGAUCAAAAAAGACACGCUUCAGCUGUCGCUUGCGUCAAACAAAAUCGAAAAGGCGGCCAUAUGCAGAAAUGUUGAAUUUUUCCAGCUGCUGCUCGGUCUAAGCGCCUAAUUGAAAAUUUAGCAGAUAUCGGUCUUUCAGACGUGUUUUUUCUCAGUUUUUGAAGGUUUUUCACUGGAAAUAGUCAAAAGCCCGUUUUGUAUCCUAAGAAAUAGAAAAGAAAAUUGGCCGCAUCUUGAAGAACGACUAAGGUUUAAACUCACAGCGAGUUUUUUGAAACAUGCGACAAGGAUUUUGAAUUUUCUCUACUUUGUUAUCAAAAAUAAGCUCGAUAAUUGUCAAGCGGGUUAGUAAAAAAAAAAGAAAUAAUGCUCAAAUAAAUUUUUUGAACUGUUCUCUAUCACGAUCAUUGUGCCUUAAUUAAUUUUUGGCAAACUUCUUAUUUUUUUUUCUAUUGGUUUGGUUUCAACUGUUCAGUGCUCGGCUUUCAAACAUCUAGUCCUUCAAAAAGCUGUUUUUUUCGUACUUAUAGCCGCGUUUAAUGAAGCCUCUCAUCUGACUAGUCUGUGAACACAUUUUUUUUUUGAACGGAGUGAACAAAAAAAAGAAGUCGCACGCACCCGGAAUUGUGGCUGUUAUGCUUUUGCCCUGCGCUCUACUUGUGCCUCCUUCGUUCGUUUUUUUUUUGUUUUCUCUUCGCCUCCGUUUUGUGUGCAUGUCGAUUUCCUUGGGCGAUUCUCUCCUGGGGCUCUUCGGACGCUCCCAGCGCUUCAGGGACCUUCUUCUCUCUGCUUUUCCACUUUUAUUUUUUUGCCUCUAUUGUACCUGAGGGAUUUUUCCACUUCUCUGAUUUUUUUUUUGGCGAGAGGAGUUCGGGAAACAUAGGAACAAAUAGAAAAAAAACCAACUAUUGGUCAGUUUCGUUUUUCUGAAGACAUAUAUAUCAAGUUGGUUAUGACUUAAAGGUAGAGACAUGAAAAAAAAAUAUAUGUGAAAAGAAUUUGCAGAAUGUAGUCAUAAUGUGAGAAAAAAUUGCUAGACAGAUUAAUCGCAAUGAUACGGAUGUCGAAAAAAAGGAAAACAUUAAAAAAAAAAUUCGCUUUGUGGUCAAGUUUGUUCACUCAAACUGUUGGACUUUGAGUAUGAUAGUAGUUUAACAGUUUUAUAAAACUUCUUUUUCCAUCUUUUGUUCAUAGUUUGGUGGGAUUUCAUGAACCGCCGUUCCUCUUGAAAAGCAAGAAAUAUCUUUUGCUCCAAAUUUUUAUCUGUUCGAUGUUGAUCAAUUUCUUAUCUUCUCUUCGAUCAUUCGCUUUUCCCUCGAACUCUAAACUUGAUCUUUUUUCGAAUAUUUUUUUAGCGCGACGCAAUAUUAAAGUUUUAAGAUCAGUAUGUUUGGAGAGAGUUACCAAAACUUUUUGCAAUGAAUUUCCAUCGAAUUUCAAAAAUGAAAGUAGAAAACACGGGUCAUGGACGCCAUAACAAUCAGUUGCGGCGUCCUCUCGGGAUUACGCCGUCGUUUGAAUAUUUUUGUAUCCGUUAUGAAGUUCCUCUUUCGCUGAUUCUCAGUACGUUCUCUGUUUUUUUCCCCUUUUUCAUGAUGUUGCAUAGAUGGGUGAGUGUAGAAAUAAUAAGCUUUGAAGACGAAUUGAGCCUCGGUCAUAUUGGUCGAAAAUAAGAAUAAUUUAAAAAAAUAUUCAUAAACUUUUACUCUUCCGAUUUUUUUCGCUAAACAGUUUGACUGUUAAAAAAAGUAUUGCUUUUUUUCGAACUUCUUUGAUUUUCAGAAAACGUCAUAAAUGCUUUGAUUCUUUAAAAUUGUAUCUGACUGAAAGACUUUUUGUUUGAUAACGUUCUGCGAUUGAUCUGCAACAUGAUUCGAUCAUCAUUUCUAAAUAUUAUCUUCCAAAGCGAAUACAAAAAAGAAAAUGAACUCAAAAUAGUCGGGUAUUUACGCAUUAUUUUUUGAUGCGAUAUUGAAAAACAAUGAAUAUUUCAAGAUCCGGUGAGCAUUCAUCGAGUAUUUGGUCCAAAACUUCCCAGUUCAAGUAUUAAUUGUAAUUGGUUUUUUUUCGAGAGAGUUCUGACGUCAUUAUUAGUUAUUAACGGUUGAGGUGUCCCUUUUUAGCCGACGACUCAUUCAAGCAUUCGACGUGUUGAAUCGUUAAUGUUCCUUCCUUGGCCUCGCAAUUCAUUUCGAGCCGUCUCUUUCUUUUCUUCUUGCUUCCCUUUUUUCUUGAUCUUCAUUUUUUCCACUAAAAUUAAUCUUCAUGGAACUCGGAAAAAAAGAAAAAAAAAACUCAUUCAAAGCUUUAUUAGUCUAAGUUUCCCUUUCAACUUGAAUGUUUUUCGGCGAAUAAAUCGGCAUUUUUUACUGCAGCCAUGGAAAUUUCAUUUCUCGGAAGAUUAAUUUGUGAAGAAAUGCCCCGCCCCUUUAUAUUUUAUGUAUAGGUUCAACUUUAGAUUCAUGGCUGUUUUUGUGAAUUUUUUUGUGAAGUCAGGAUGCCGUAUGCAUGAAGACCGUAGAAGAAGAAGGAAAAAGGCUGAAUUCUUUUUUUUUGAAAUUCUUCAAUUCUUUCUGAAUCAUUCAACUCUUUUUUUAAUUAAAAAGAUGCUUGAAACAGUAAUGGGGCCUUUUUUCACUAUCCACAUUUUUUUCUUGAAUUUUUGAACGGUAUGACAUAAAUGAAACAUAUUUUCCCUACAAAAAUUUAUGAAAAAAUACACUUCAGAUUUCUCUCACUUUCAAUAUCAUUGUAAAAAAAAAAAUCAGAUGAUCAGAGUUUUCAACAAUGCGUGCCGUGAGAAAUAUUGAGAAAGUCUUUUUCUUCAAAGAUCUUAAGAAUUUUUUCUCAUUUUCUUUAUUUUUAUUGGAACAAUCUUUAGUUUUUGGAAAAGGUUUGGAAUUUUUUUUCCUCUUUAUCUCGGCAAGUUCUUUAUACUGAAAAAUAAAACGGAAACCGGGUUGAGAACGCGUUUUUAUGAAUUUUUCAAAAAAAAAAAGAUGUUUUUUUUUUCAAUGGAUUAUUUUCCCAAGAUUAUUAAACUGUGUUUUUAACUUGAAUCGUCUGCUUCGAAUUUUUUUGAUCACCUGUAAAAAUUAGAAAAUUCUUUUGAAUGUUUCGGAUCUAUAAAAAAUAUUGAGUCGAAGUCUCCCUCAAGCUUAGGAACUCAUAUCAAAUCUUUGUUCUCCCACCGUUACUAUCCCAUUGAGAUGGACUCUGAGGAAAGGCUGAUUGGUCAGUUGCAGGUACAUUCGUGGGCGUGGCCGAACUGUGCAACAAACGCGGCGCCCGCGCCGGCUUCUCUCGACACGACGAACGUUGCGCCAAAGCGUUCGCCGUCUACUGCGCCACCAGCAUCUCACACGUUCGUCUUUUCUGUUCUUCCUCCCAAAUUCCGGUCACUUCUGACCGGAGAAUGCUCUGAAAGCCUAAGAAUCGACCAGGCGAUCUCGAACGAGAAAAGCUCCAGUUUGAAGCGUUCUGAAACACAUAAACUCUUUGAAUGGGCUCUUUUUUCUCAGAUCUAACUUGAUGAAAACUCUCAGAAACCAUUAUCAAGACUUCAUUUCUUUUGGUAUAAAACUCGUCAUCAGAAGAUAACAAAAAAAAAAAUCUGUUUUGAACUCAGAAAAUAUAUAUUCAACCCAAAGAUUUACUUUUUUUUGUGAACUUCUUCUAUUUGAGCUCGUUUUUUUAUUGCUGUUGAGUCUUCGAAAAAAAAUUUUUGAUUGCAUCUUCGAAUUAAAAUUAAACCAAUGCCUUUAUCAAUCUAGAAAAUCUGUGAUUUUUCAUUCAAAGCGGUUUUUAAGUUACCUGAUUUCUUUUCUAAAAUUUCACUAAGGUUCUCACCUUCUGAUUUUUCAAAGGGCUCUUUUCCAAAUAGAAGCUAUCUUGUUUGAAGUACAAAGGUUUUUUGACUUACGAGAAUCUACUAUGAUUGUUGAUUUUGCGAAUAUCUGAAUGGAAUAUAAGUGCGUUUGUUCAGAUCGCGCAGGAAUGUUGUUUGUGCCAUAAUCGGGGAAAACUCUAUGGUCAAAUGAUCUUUCUCUUUUUUUUUGCAAGUCGAUUUUCAGUGCAAGAAGAUUGUUUUUCAGUGCUUGCUGUACAAGAAAGUGCAAGAAGCGCAUCGGCGGUCGCAUAUGGCGGCUGAGAUGGUCGUCCAGGGAUCAAAGUUCUUGGUUUGUAGUUUUUUCGUCGGCAGUUCGUUUUCCUCGUCGGUUAAGAGAAUGAUGGAAGUUUUGGUCUACUUGCAAUAAGUUUUUGACUCUCAUUCUACUUUUGACUAUUUUCUGCAAAACGCCGUCUGAAAUUAGGCCAUUUUUUAAGGUUCGAAGCAGAAAAAGCAUUGUGAUUCCGGAGCGAAGAUUUUUUUCGUGUUAUUUUGGAGCAUUCAACUUUUCAUUUUCAGGAACUGCAGAAAAUUUUUUUUCUCAAUGAAACUUUUUUCUCUAGUUUCUGCCGUUUACACUUUCAAUAUGCGUUUGUUUUUUUUUUAGAUUCAAGUUCAGAUAUAAGAUAAAUAAUUCAAGAUAAAUGCAAAAGAUUUUAGGCAGCGUGUAAGAUUUGGAAUAUCAUAGAUGUGUUGUUUUUUUGUAAAAAAACUUUUAAAUGAACAAUAUUUCUUUAGAAAGGAAAAAAAAGGAGUUAAAAAUUUAUUUUCGGAAAUUUCUUUCAGUCCGUUCGAUGUGAUCCCAUUUCCGUUAAGCUCGACGAGAGAGAAAAAUAAUCAUUGUGUCAGGCUAUUUUUGGAAGGAGGUCGAACUAGAGACAAACCCUUUUUUGCUAUUUCUACCGACGAACAUCUUCGAAUCAUCAGAAAAAUAAUGAAAAUAAUAAUUUUCAUGCGUGCGGUUUACUUUAUUUUUCAAAGACGUAUGAAAAAUAGUUCAAGGAUCAAUCUGGAGAUUUUUUUGUUUUCUUAACCCUAAUCUACAUGAAGAACUGUUUUUCCGCUCGACCAUUGUCAGCAUAAUUUCAGAGAAUAAGGCUUUCAGGUGGCUGAAGAAGGCGUGAACAAGCUCGAGGCGGAGCCGGUACGCCAUUGGCGUUUCUGGCAUCCAAACUUCAAUGAUUUCUCUUUUUCGCCACGAUCCAUCGGCGAAACUUGUUUCCACCGCGCCGCCAUGACCAUGUUUGACGUGAGAAACUCUUUUCGAAAGAACUUUUUGAAAAUGUUAAUUUCAGGACCUGGGCUUCAAUCAGCGCUUCCGGGUUAACAAAAGGAAACUCGCUCACUUCAUUCUGCGCGUGGCAAAUGGCUAUCGCGACGUCAGUAUUCUCAUUAUCUCUUUUAAACUCGAAAUUUGUUUCUUAUGUAUAAAACUUUUUAAGUUUAUUUACUUUAUUGAGCUGGUUUUUGGGGCUUUGAAAGAUAAAUAAGCAAAAUAAGUUUAACGCAAGAAAAAAUUAAUAAAAAAGCAAUAAUUAAAUUUCUAGUUCGCUUUGAUUUACCAAGAGUGCAGCUUUUUUGAAUGGAUUUUGGUUUCAGCCGUGUCUGUUUGCAACAUGUUUUCCAAAUCCCGUUCUUCCCUGAUCGAUUAUUUUGAACUGUAUGCAGGUGCCGUACCACAACUGGUCCCACGCGUUCGCCGUCGCUCACUUCUGCUGGCUGGUGCUCCGGACGCGCGCCGCCCGGACCCACCUGGAUGAGCUCGAGAGAUUCUCUCUACUCAUCGCCUGUCUUUGCCACGACAUUGACCACCGCGGCACCACCAACAACUUCCAGAUCCAGUCGGUCAGUGGCUCUUUUCUCGAGUUUCGUGACGCGGAGAACCUUCUCAGAACACACCACUUGCCCAGUUGUACAGCAGCGAGGGAAGCGUUCUUGAGCGACACCAUUACGCCCAGACCGUCACUAUUCUUCAGGUUUCGCUUUUGAAACGACUAAAAUCAAAACUCGGAAACUGUUUCAAGUCUGAUUAAUGUAUACUUAAACAUUUAAUUUCUACAGAAGCAACUUUGAAAAAUGAGAUCAAAUCAAAAGAAAGUUUCAAUUAUUUCUUUUUUGUAUAACUGAAAGCUAGAAAAAAGUUGGGGGGUUUUUUUUUUGCAGAGUGCACGUGUCUCAACUUUUUUUACGAACCCACCACAACUCUUUCCGUCUCUCUCGAUGCGUCUUUGUAAAAUCAACGAUUGAAGCAUUAAUUUGGGGACAUCCGUUUGGUUUUUAUAGUUAGAUGGAGGUUUAGUUAUUAAUUUGGCUCACAAGAAGUUGUUUUUGAUGGCCGAUUGAACUUUUUAUGAAACUUUGCUUAAAUGUACUAUAAGACCUCCUCUUUCAAGAAUACAAACUGAACUUCUCGUAAUAGUUCUCGUUUUCGAGGUUUGAUGCUUCAAAGUUUGGACGCUGUAUUGUCGUUAUAAAUCGAGCUGUUUGAUUAACACAGAAUACAAGUAGAUUUCGUGAAUCAGAAAACGGCAUCCAUUGGUUAGCAAAAGUAAUGUAUCUGCAGAUGUCCGACUGCAAUGUCCUGGAACAGUUGACGACUCUGCAGUACAAGUCGGUGCUGAGCCAGAUCCGCGACGUCAUCCUCGCCACGGACAUCGCUGCCCAUCUCAACAAAGCGUCUCGCAUCAGGCAAAUGGUCAAUGGUCCGUGGUCUCGGAGCUGAUCAAGAAGGGAAAUUAGUUGGUUCAGAUGUCGAGGCAACGAAACGUGGCGUGGGCGAAGGUUUUGACCUGAUGUCGUCGGACCAUCAUUACCUGUUCUCGUGCCUCGUGAUGACCGCCUCGGAUCUCUCAGACCAGUCCAAGAACUUCCACAACUCCAAGUCGAUCGCCGAGAACAUCUACUCGGAGUUCUUCGCUCAGGGGGACCUCGAGCUGCAGCUGGGCCAUCAGCCGGCAGAGAUGAUGGACCGACGACGAGCCUACGUUCCACAGAUCCAAGUCGAGUUCAUGGACAAUAUCGGAGUGCCCGUCUUUGAGUAAGUUCUGAAAAUCUCGCUGGAAGUGUUGUUAUAACCAUUUUUGUACAACGUACCUUGAUGCAUCAAGAUCCAAAAAUUCGCAAGGUUAUAGUUUGUGAGGAAAAAAAAGUUUUAGUCAACAGCGCAAAAAAUAGAAAUUUCUGCUUUCUAGAAGAUUCUAAUCAAUUCCGAAUAUGAAUUGCUUUUUGACAAAUUUUCAACCAGCACUGUUCAGCAUGCUGUCGCGACUGGUGCCUGAGGGCGUGCCGACGUACGAGGCGAUUCGCGCCAACCGCAAAUGUUGGCUGGCGAUGCACGAAGAACUUCUGAGCACGGGUCGUAACGGCCGCGGCAACACCGACUACCUCAGGGACGAGGAACUCGAGCGACGCGUCAUCGAACGCGUGUCUCGCGACGAUCCUGUCGCAGCAGCGAUCGCCGCCGGCGUUCAACGACAGCCUUCACAAGCCAACUCGCCGAAGCCCUCGAGAAGUCUGCCGCCGCCGCGACCACAGCUCCCGUCGGCCUUGUCGCCGAGAAGCGCCAGGACGUCGCCUCGAGCCAAUGUUCGUGUUUAAUUUGCAACUGGUCUCAAUGUUUUGGUCGAUGUAAUUGACUGAAGUCUUCCGAUGAUUAAUUUUCGUUUUUUUCAGUCCAACCAGCCGGUUCUGCCAACUUCAUCCAAUUCUCUUAAUAAUCCAAUGGUGAUCCGUCGGUGA